AAAAACAGUCCUAAAGAACCUCUGUACUGAACAUUUGUUCUGUUUUCUACCCAAAAUUAAGGAUCUCUUUCUUUCUACCCUUUCCUUCUCUCUCUUUUUUGCCCAAAAAAAACCUGCUUCCUUUUCAUUCCUUUUAGAAAAUACCAUUUUUUGCCAGAUAUUCAAAUGGCCAAUUCGGCAUCAGGGAUAGCAGUGAGCGAUGACUGCAAGCAGAGGUUCUUGGAGUUGAAAGCAAAAAGGAACCACAGGUACCUAGUUUUCAAGAUUGAUGAAUCAGUGCAGCAAGUUGUGGUUGAGAAAGUUGGUGCACAGGCAGAGACACAUGAUGAUUUUGCUAACAGCAUGCCUCCCAGUGAGUGCCGUUAUGCUGUUUUUGACUAUGACUGGACUACUAAUGAAAAUGUCCAGAAAAGCAGGAUCUUCUUUGUUGCUUGGUCACCAGAGACAGCAAGGGUGAGAAGUAAGAUGUUAUAUGCAAGCUCAAAAGACAGAUUCAGGAGAGAAUUAGAUGGUGUCCAAGUUGAGCUGCAAGCUACAGAUCCAAGUGAGAUGAGUUUGGAUACCUUCAUUGGAAGAAUCCAUUGAUCUCUAAUCUCUCUUAAUUUGUCAUACCUUGUGGGCCUCUAUUCAUUAUUAUAUUAAGGACUUUUAUCACAUUUGGUCAAUCGGCCAAAAUUAAUUAUAGUCGUCCAUCAAUAUACAAAAAAUAUGUAUAAAAUAUAUAUAUAUUUUGUAUAUUACAAUUAAUAUACAGAAAAUAUAUAUGUUUGGCUAUUAUUUUGGUGAGCGCCUACACAGUAUAAAAGUUCCUAUCUAAUUUGCCUUGGACCUUUCUUUGUUACUACUGGUUUUUAAGGAAGUAUGUUAUCAUUUCUUUUACAAUGUUUUUGAGUCUUGUCUUUUGAAACUUUUGGUUUGUAAACUAUUAACAUGGUCAUGUGACAAUGUGAUGGAAUCAUUUAUAAUAUGUAUUCAGUUGAAUUUUGUUCC